AUGGACGGACCCUCGCAGACCCCCGAGGGCGACUGGGAGGAGAGCAGCGAUGAGGCCGGGCUGGCGGCCAACCUCACCUUCUCCUCCUACUUCCAGCACUCCUUCCCGGUGGCCGCCACGCUCGUCACAGCCUACGCGCUCAUCUUCCUGCUCUGCAUGGUGGGCAACACGCUGGUCUGCUGUGUCGUGCUCAGGAACCGCCACAUGCGCACGGUCACCAACAUGUUCAUCCUCAACCUGGCGGUCAGCGACCUGCUGGUGGGCAUCUUCUGCAUGCCCACCACGCUCGUGGACAACCUCAUCACCGGGUGGCCCUUCGACAAUGCCACGUGCAAACUGAGUGGCCUGGUGCAGGGCAUGUCCGUGUCGGCUUCUGUCUUCACACUGGUGGCCAUUGCUGUGGAAAGGUUCCGCUGCAUCGUGCACCCGUUCCGCGAGAAGCUGACCCCGCGCCAGGCGCUGGUCACCAUCGCGGGCAUCUGGGCGGCGGCGCUGCUCAUCAUGUGCCCGUCGGCCGCGACGCUGACCGUCACCCGCGAGGAGCACCACCUGCUGCUGGACGCGCGCAACCGCUCGUACCCGCUGUACGCGUGCUGGGAGGCGUGGCCCGCGCAGGGCAUGCGGCGCGCCUACACCACGGUGCUCUUCUCGCACGUCUACCUGGCACCGCUGGCGCUGCUGGCGCUGCUGUACGCGCGCGUGGCCCGCAAGCUGCUGCAGGCGGCGGGGCCCGCGCGGGCCGGCGAGGGCGGGCGCGGGGCGCGGCGGCGCGCGCGCGUCGUGCAGAUGCUGGUGGUCGUGGCGCUGGUCUUCACGCUGUCCUGGCUGCCGCUCUGGGCGCUGCUGCUGCUCACCGACUACGGGCAGCUCAGCGAGCCGCAGCUGCGCCUGGUCACCGCCUACGCCUUCCCGCUGGCGCACUGGCUGGCCUUCUGCAACAGCAGCGCCAACCCCAUCAUCUACGGCUACUUCAACGAGAACUUUCGCCGCGGCUUCCAGGCGCGCCUCUGCCCGCGCCCGCGCCCCCGGGACGCCUACUCGCAGCCCGCCCGGGGCCCCCCGCCGCCGCCGCCGCCGCCCGGCGACCCGGCCCCGCGCGCCGACUCGGGGCCCCGCGCGCGCGCGCCCCGGCCCGGCCUCCUGGCGCUGCGCCACGGCCGCGUGGCCCACCACGGCCCGGCCGCGGGCGACGGCCCGGGCUGCCCGCGCCUGCCCCUCUCCGUCCCCGCCUGGGGCACCUGA